AUGCCUCAGCACAACGACGUGUUGUAUCUCGUUGCGCAGUAUCUACAGGCUGCGGGGCUUUAUGCCAGCUCUUUAGUGUUGCAAGAGGAGAGUGGACUGGAUGUGACGUGGUUACGCGGCUACUCGCAUGAAGUGGCGCUGCUAAGGCGCUGGAUUUUCGCUGGAGACGUAACGAGAGCUCGAGCGUUGUUGCAGCCUUUGACGACUUUUAGCGAUUUGAAGUGCUUUGAGUCGCUAGUACCACUGUUCCGAGCACCUGUGGAUACGAGCGAAAGCGACGUGUUCAAGUAUGUUGCAAUGCCGAAAUUGCAGCUUAAGGGAUUGCAUUUCAGUGUCGUGUACUGA